CAUGAAGACGCCAUUGUUUGACUGCCGCGUGACUGACCAACAAUCCCUGUCUCCAGAUACAUUUGACAUAGAAAACCUUAAAAUUUGUGAAGAUAGAUGUGUUUUUGAUACUGCAAAUGAACAUGAGAAUUCUUGCGAAACUCAUAAAAAGAGCAGAGAAAACCGUCUAACUUUCAUUCACGAAGACGAUUUAGAUAGUUUGGAUAGUUCUUUCGAUAACAGUUUAUCAGCCAAAGAUUCAGUUUGGGAGAGUUCCGAUGAAAAUCAGGUAAAAAAACUUGACUCAGAUAAGAUAUAUUACUUGAAAAAUCUACUCAAACCGGAAGAUCUCAAUAUGUUUAAAAUAAAUACAAAAAAAGUCAAAAUGAUUGAUAAAUAUUUCGAGAGUAUCAAAGAAUACUUCACUGAUAUUGAUAGUGAAGAAAAUGCAAUGAGCUCUAAGAUCUCAGGAGAUACCUCAGAAGAAUCUGCAAGUGAAAAUUGGUCACUCAAUAUGGAAAUUAAGUCUAAUUUAACUGCCCCCAGUGAAAAAACAAGUGAAGAGUCAGCAUAUAUAUCUCAAGACAGUAUUAAUCCACAGUCAAGAAAAAGAAAACUAACUUUAGAUGAUAUAAGAACUGAAAAAUUGGAAAACUUUAUUUCAGGCAAACAUAUAGAUAUCUUGAGCAAAUAUUUCAAGAGCGUUGAACAUUUUAUGAAUAUUAAUGAGCCUAACGAAAAACGAUUAUGUGCUCAGAAUGGUUUGCUAGAAAAUUACAAUUGA